CGUGCGCGGUGGGCGGAGCGCGCCCGUACCUUCUUCACCAGCCCAGGCUUUCCCGUCCCUGCACAGUGCCGUGCGCUGCUGGUGUUUCAUCGCCCGGGCGCAGAGGGUCGCUGCCGCUGCGGAGUGGGCGUUCGGUUUUCGGGCCGUCAUGGCUGGCUACGAAUACGUGAGCCCGGAGCAGCUGGCCGGCUUUGACAAGUACAAGUACAGUGCUCUGGAUACCAACCCGCUCUCUCUGUAUGUCAUGCAUCCAUUUUGGAACGCUAUAGUGAAGGUAUUUCCUACUUGGCUGGCUCCCAAUCUUAUAACCUUCUCUGGCUUUCUGCUGGUUGUAUUCAAUUUCCUACUUCUGACAUACUUCGAUCCUGAUUUUUAUGCUUCAGCACCAGGUCACAAGCAUGUACCUGAUUGGGUUUGGAUUGUCGUGGGCAUCCUCAACUUUGUAGCCUACACUCUAGAUGGAGUGGAUGGAAAACAGGCACGCAGAACCAAUUCCAGCACCCCUUUAGGGGAGCUUUUUGACCAUGGCCUGGAUAGUUGGUCAUGUGUUUACUUUGUUGUGACUGUGUACUCCAUCUUCGGACGCGGACCGACUGGCGUCAGUGUUUUCGUCCUUUACCUCCUGCUCUGGGUAGUUCUGUUUUCUUUCAUCCUGUCUCACUGGGAAAAGUAUAACACAGGCAUUCUUUUCCUGCCCUGGGGCUAUGACAUUAGCCAAGUGACUAUUUCUUUUGUCUACAUAGUGACUGCAGUGGUGGGAGUUGAGGCCUGGUAUGAACCUUUCCUGUUUAAUUUCUUAUAUAGAGACCUAUUCACUGCAAUGAUUAUUGGCUGUGCAUUAUGUGUGACUCUUCCAAUGAGUUUAUUAAACUUUUUUAGAAGUUACAAAAGCAACACCCUGAAGCACAGUUCCGUUUAUGAAGCCAUGGUCCCUCUCUUCUCUCCGUGCUUGCUCUUCGUUUUAUCUACAGUGUGGAUCCUCCGCUCUCCUUCAGAUAUUUUAGAAAUCCACCCUAGAAUAUUCUACUUCAUGGUUGGAACAGCUUUUGCCAAUAUCACAUGUAAGCUAAUCGUUUGCCAAAUGAGCAGCACUCGGUGCCCGACUUUGAACUGGUUGCUGCUUCCUCUCUUCCUGGUGGUGACCACAGUGAGCGUGGGUGCGGCAGCCUCCCACCUGGAGAGUCUUCUCCUUCACGGGCUCACGGCAGCCUUCACUCUGGCUCACAUCCAUUACGGAGUACAAGUGGUGAAGCAACUGAGCAGCCAUUUUCAAAUUUACCCAUUUUCACUGAGGAAACCAAACUCAGACUGACUAGGAAUGGAAGAAAAGAACGUCGGCCUGUAAUCUUCAGGAAGUCUUGUAAAUAGACGCUUGUAAAUAUCUCCUCCAUCACCAUCGGACUAAACUGGUCUGCUUGACCGAUGUGGGAUCGCAGUAUGUGGCAGGCAUGUGGACAGCAGGAAUGAACGUGAUCUGAGCUGUGGAAUUUUGGAUUUUCUAACUUCCAACUUUAUUUUUUUAUAAAACCAUGAAACAUUUUGGUUAAGCACAGUGUACAUUAAACCAGCUAAAUGUUCCUAGCUUCAUGAGUCCAUAAUGUUUCGACUCAUACAGAGUUAAGGAUGCUUUACUUUUAUGUCUAAAGCCCCCAGAUUGAUUCAGGAACACUAAUAAUGUUCAGAUAGCCACAGCAUGUCUUAAUAUUUGAUGCUUUAUAGAAGAUCUUUAGCUGCGGAAAUGGUAAACAGCCCAAAUCUAAUGUAGAGAAGCGUCAAAAAAAGUCUCUUUGGCCAGAGAUACCAGUGACUGAACAACAGUGCUUAGUUGCCAAAUCAUGGUGGUUCUCCCAGGAAACUUUGAGAGGAUGUCUGGGGUCCUGGCUCUUACUGUGGCUAAAUGCCAAUAAAUGGUUUCAUUUUCUUUUAGACAGAAGUGUUCUGUUGUUACUCAGUAGAGAAGGGAUUGUAAGUACAGCUCACUACUGUGGCAUGGUUCAUUGUUUACUCCUGCUGUCAGGAUUGGGUGGGUGCCUGUGAGCUGAUUCUUAAGGUUGUGUGUGACAGUCCCAUUCUCAUGAGGCUGCAGACACAGUACCUUGUGAGAGAAAAGUUCAACUGGAGUUAGGAAUCUCAGAACUUCCUGGUGACCAGAUCCGACCCCAGCACUGCCUGUCCACCUGUCUUGGCUUGCUUUCAUUUUCUCUCCUGGGGGUGAGGUGCUGUGGUUUUUAAUCUCACACCAAUACGGCAGAGAGACUCUCUCUCCCCUGAACUCUCCCACCUCCCUAUUUGAAGAAAACUUUUGAUAUAUCUGCCUUACUGAAUAUUUCCUCCCUUAAUACGACUCAGUAAUUUUUGAGGCUUACUCACAACACAAAGACCCCUUUAGCUGUACUGUUAUCUCCUAAAUCUCACCUUUUUAUGAAUGUGGAUGUUUUCUUUCUUUGGGCUUUGUCUUUAUUUAGUUUGGUGGUGAAAUUUCUUGCUGGUUUUAGUUUCCACUGAAUGAGGUUUGUGCUUAAAUGAAGAGUGUGUCUUAAACCCCUUUUUUUUUGGGUAGGUUGCACUUGGAUAAGAUAGGCACCACUGUGUUGGUAUGUAAUUAAAUUCGUAACUGUUAUCACCUAUGAAUGUGACCAUCUUUAAAUAUUGUAGCUCAUUCCUUUGUUGAGUUUCUGUCUGCUGCUUUGUAAAAAGUAACUGGUUGAUGCUCCACCUGAACAUUUUUAAAUCCUAAUCAUUGUCGUGUAGGCUGUUGAAAGUGAUCCAGGAGCUAACCCACAGUUCUGUGCUCAGUGUUAAUCGUUUGUAAGGUUUUUGUGUGUUUGGGGACUUUCUCUGAGACAAAAAUAUGAAAGCAGAAAUUGAUGUGGAAAGUGGGUAGUGAUUCUGUGUUCGUUAAUAAAUUGCCAUCAUGGAGGUCAGAAAACAAGCCAGUUACAUGAAGAUAACUGUCCUGUGUACUCAAGCUCUGUAGAACUGAAUUGGGCAACUCGGAGUCGGGAAAGAGCUUUGUGAUAAGGUUUUUGGCUGAUGAUUUCACUCUUGGCCUUGUACACAAGAAUAAUCAUUUGUAUAAAAGAAAAUAACAUAAAUAUUUAUAAAAUAAUGAAUUUGGACCACAGGCUUUCUUCACCUUAUCCUGUAUACUGAAGAAUCAUGUCCUAUAAUUUGAGGCACCCCCCCCCUUUUUUUCUUUUAAAUGUAUCUGUCCUCUUUUUAUUGCAUCAAGUGGAUUUGAAAAUAUGUUUUGUGCCUUUUGUUUUGUGUUUAACAUGUCUCUGUGAUGGUAAAGAAUUCUAGUUUAGAUUAUUUUGUUGACACUGUUGAGUGGAAGAGAAGGUUACUGACAGGGAAGCGGAACCAGGCAGUCAGGGUUUCAGAAUCCUGUGGACCUGGGACUCCUUCCUAGCCUGCUCACGUCCUCUGUCUUGAUGGUGCAUCUUAAAAGACGCAUUUGUUGUAGCGGUACAGGAGGGGAUGAGGGACUUGGUUCUCACGAGCUCUGUGCGUCUCUGUCACGCCCCUUCCUCUACACUUCCCAAAUGUAAAAGGUACUGAAAGCUUAUGUACACUAUUGGGUGAGUUUACCCCACAACUUUUGCCAGUGUCUUGGGGAGAGGCCUUGCGGUCAGGAGCACGCCUUCAUGCUCUCUGUGCGUGGGGAAUAGAGUGCCUUAGCCAGUCUAGGGGUUGGCAUUGUUACUCUGCUGGACGCAUACUACAGAGACCUUCAGAGCCUUCUCUUCGGGUUAUGGUAUGAAAAAGCCCUUUCAGGCUUGUCAGAAAAUAAUCUCCCUGUAUCCGAGAGGGUGUGGGAUAGAAAGAUGUUAACAAUACUUGGAUAGAGGCUGCCACCUCUGAUCUUUCGAUAAUAUUUAUGAUCUUGAAAUUGCCACAAUCACUGUCUUGAGAAAUAGUAAUAGUUGAUAGGUUUUAGAGCUGUAGAGUAACUUUGAAGUAAAAAUAUAACCAUUCUUCCUUGGCAUUUCAAUAUUCCGAAUGACAUACUUUUAAUUCCAAUUUUAAAAAGAAAACGUUGAACAUGAUUUAGGAUGUUACAAACUGCUUCUAAUACUGCCGUUUGUUCUCUGCUCAGGCACUGGGGAGGGAGGUGUAUGUCUGGGGUUAGCACAUGCUAAGUACAUGCCAAGAAUGUUGCUUGUGACUUGGAACCUGAACGUUAAAGGAAUAUGGUGCAGUCAGAAGGUGUGUGGGUGGCACCUUGCUUCCCAAAGCAGACUUCAACUCCAUGACCUAUGAAGAAUAAAAAGAUAAUUUUUUUAAAUUGGAGGUAUUUAAGUUCAGUACUAUUCCCCACCCCCCCUUUUUGGAGGUGGAGUUCCAGAAAGGACGCCCUAGCUGUCCUAGAACUCACUGUAUAGACCAGGCUGGCCCCAAACUCAGAGAUCCGCCUGCCUCUGCCUCUUGAGUGCUGGGAUUAAAGGCGUGUGCCUCCACCGCCCGACUGCUUUUUCCCUUUUUAUUAGAACUUGAAACCUUCUUGUAGCCACCAGAAGGACAGAAGCAGCUCAUUGAGGCCAGGCUUGGCUGCCUCCAGACCUUGCCACAUUCAGACGGUGAAUGCAUUUUAUCUCUUGGCUAGUGAAGACUGGGAACUCCCCCAGAGAAGAAAGUAAAACCUGUGGGUUGCAGCUUUUGAGUUUUGAGUCUCCCAAAGCCAGAAGCAGAGAAGUAUUGUUGGUGGUGAUGCCUAUGUUCAGAGCGGCCUUAUUUUAACUCAUUUCUGGUCAAGCCCUUUGUCUGUCAGAAAUCUGUGACGUCAGACCAGAAUUUUUUUUUUGUCCCGUGAAAUGUCAUUUGAAGGCAGCAUGCCCUGUCUUGAGCAUCCGGUGGGUGAGUAAUCUGAUUAUAGUUAGCUGCCCCUGCUCCAACCUUUCAGAAAGAAUGGUAACUAGCGUGCUACAUUGGAAGGGACAUUCCUAACAGGAAAAUGGUGUUGAAUUAAUUAAUCACUGUGAAAUUUGAAUGUGUGAGACUCUAGGAAUUUUCAAAAGCUAGCAUAAAUUUCUGCUUUUCUUUUAUUAAUUAUGUAACCCAUGUGAUUUGUAUAUUUUUGGGUUUUUUGUUUUAUAAUCCUCUUCGACAGUGACUGACAUCAGAACAGACAGUGGCUUCAGAGUACGUGGUAAAUCAUCGUGAUCUAACUUUCCCAGAGAAAGUGGUGAUGUGUUUUUUUUUUUUUUUUUUUUUUUCUUGCAUGGAGUCUUGGGAAUUGGCUUUGCUGGCUGAUUCAUUUCCAGGGUUUUUACAGUACAAACUAAAUGUAACUUACUCUCCAGCCUGCAUGUUAGUAGUGUGCUUUGCUCUUUAAUAAACAGACACUCAAGAACUAGUACAGCAGCUGGCUAUUGUCUCUGUCUUUUAAGCAGGGAUAUGUUCUUCUUAUAGACAUUGAACAAGCUCACAUUUAGGGUAGCAGGAGGAGUUUGCCCUUUGGAGAUCUCCCACAGGCAGCCUGAACCAGGUUUUGUUCAUUUAGUGAGGAAGUCUGGGUUCCCAGGAUUGGAAGUGCCACACAGACUGAUUUUAGAGUAUUUGACAAGGGCUUGUCUCUCUAGGAAAAUACCUUUGGGCAGAACAAGAAAGGCUGUUCUGGGCUGUUCGGCUGUUCCUCUUGUCUCCCUUUCAGAGAAUCAUUCUUAGAAAGCUGGACUAAGUCAGUCUGGCUAUGUUUAUGGCAGUUGGAUCAUGGCCAUUGAAAGUCUAAAAUAGAAAGAGAGGCCAGUGCCCACUUGAGCUCUAAAACGGAAAUCAAAGAUCGCAUUGACUAUCCAGGGAGUGACUGAUACUGUGGGUGUUUUCUAUCACAGUGGCUACAAGAUCUUUUAAGCAGUUUCUUUGGUUAACAAUCAAAAUAAGCGUGGAUUUGAAUUUUUCAUAAACAAAAAUAAUUCUUUUUUUUUUUUUUUUGGUUUUUCGAGACAGGGUUUCUCUGUGUAGCUUUGCGCCUUUCCUGGAACUCACUUGGUAGUCCAGGCUGACCUCGAACUCACAGAGAUCCGCCUGGCUCUGCCUCCCGAGUGCUGGGAUUAAAGGCGUGCGCCACCACCGCCCGGCCAAAAAUAAUUCUUGAUGCAGUCUUGAUCGUGGUAUUCCUGGUAAGCACUUUUUUAAUAUCUAGAGAGAAAACCUCAUGACCUGGAACUUGUUUAUUUUGUACUUGAGGUAACUAAGCAGGUUCUGGAAGUGGCCGGUUUUUUUUAACCUGGCUGCAUCAGUGAUCUAUUGCAAUUACUGUUAUUCAUCAACAGGCUAAUGAUUAGCUCAUUUCAAAAUGUCCCAAGAAAGCAGAAGUCAGUCAGUAUUGAACUCCGAAUUCUAGUUUAAAAAAAAAUGUUGUUUUCCCCCUUUUGGGGCAGAGUGGAAGACCACAAUGACCAGUGUAUAAAGGAGGCCACCUGCUCUUCCCUUUCCGGCCUAGCAGUGGGUUAAAUGAUGGCAGGUAAAAAAAGAAAUGACUACCGUUUUGAGUAAGGUUUCAUGUCCUAUGCUAAGAAUGUGCGGCAGGAAUUGUGGCUGGGAGUUUAAUUUGGUGCCAUUCCCAGUGGAUUUUCUGUUGUCUUCUGAAGCAAGAGGACAGUCCCAUCCCUUCCCUCCGCACCUACACACCACCACUGGAGCACACAGGAUGUGUUCGCUGCAGAGGAUGAAAAUUCUAUCAGAGAUACAGAUAAAAAGGACAUAAUAGCUUCCCACUUUCAAGUACUUUUAAUUGUAGCUGGCCUAUAUAGGACUUGCUGUGCUGAUGGUAAAUAUGUAGCAUUUCUUGAAUCUGCUGCCAUAUGCUCUGUAUAUACACACGUUUAAUGUGUACACCUAUUCUCUGUCUAUACAUAUGAUAUGGUAUCGACAUGGUGUUUACUCCUGAUUAUCAGCCAGGUGGUAACCCUCACUAGACUGUUGCUGUGUGUGGACUUGGGGUGCCCAUGGUCCACAUCGAAAGCCACUUACCCACCUGGAGCCAUCUCAGGCCUUGAGAAAGCCCUCUAGGUAUAUCACUUUCCACUUCCUUUUCAUCGGGGAGCUGGUGAACCAGAAAGACUGGUUUGGAGAGUGGUUGGCUGCUCUGUUGAGGGUUAAGGUUUCUGGGUCUGCUGGGCCCUUUUUGACUAGGCGGCAGCUUUGGGAGCAGUGUGCCUGUGAACUCGUCAGGGAAAUACUUGCCCUUGCCAAAGCAGAGCUCUGCAGCUUGCUUAACUUUACUGGAAUGUUCCAAGUCUUGUGAUUUGCUGUAUAGUAGAAUACCCCGAGGCGUUUGAAUGUGAUGUUUGCUUUAUCUGUGUUACUGUUCCCUGCUGCUAGUCCAGAUAAUCAAGACCUGUUUCUUGUCAUCUGAUUCUAGAAGCCUUGACCUGUCAACUGGAUUUGUGUUCAUGUCUGCUGCUGUGAACUCCAAAAGUAAAGCAGUAGGUUUUAGUUUUAAACUGUUUAAUUCUUUUAUUGAUAAAUAUUUAUUGUAAUAAAAAUAAUUUUUAAAUCCUUU